GCAUGGAGCUAAGGGAGAUGGGCACUGAAGACAUGAGGCAAAGGAGAUCACAGGAGCAAGAAAAAGAAGAACCGCCACGACAAGUACUCAGUGGUGAGGACGGAAAGAUCUGGGGCACGAUGCUGCAAGGAAAGGUUGGAAUAGAAAGGUUUGCUGAAAAUGACCAGGAUUCCAAGGGGGUCCAACAGAAGAGCCAAAAUCUAGGCAUUCUAGGAGGAAAGUUCAAAGGAAUUCAACAGAACAAGAUGCUCAAAGAGCAUGUCAGACAAGGAAUGUCUUUUUACAGUCAUUACGUUGCCACCAGUACUGAACAGGCGUUCUACUGCAGCGCUUGAAGGCAUGCCUGUGUUGUGCUGCAAAAAACACCGCAGCACACGUGGAAAGCCAUGGAGUGAUGACACUUCCCUGCUGGGAGACCUCAGGGGAGGCCAAACACCUGGACAGCACUGCUGCCCUCAUCCAAUGGAAGAUAACAAUGGAGAAGGUAAAGUUGAAAAUGCUGAAGCAGGUGCAUACACAACUCAGUGAGCUGCUGGACAAGGCCUUGGAAGAAGCAACAAGCUCCAUCCCUCAGCAUUUGAGGAAGGGCUUGACAGAGAAGGAAAGCAGAAAGAAGGGCCCACUACAGGAGAAGCAGAAGGUGUUUGUGGACCGUAAAUCCUUGCUUGAUGAGCUGCUGGAAAUAGAGCACUUCCAUACCAUCUACCACAUGUUUGUGGCCAUGCUCUGUGUCUUCGUUCUCAGCACAGUCAUUGUGGAUUUCAUUGAUGAAGGACGCCUUGUCCUGGAUUUCAAGCUCUUCAUUUUUGCUUUGGGGCAGCUGCCAGUGGCCCUGUUUGCCUGGCUCUGCAUGUUCCUGUACACCUUACUGGUGCCCUACAAGGUCCUGCAGAUGUGGGCCUGCUACUUGAGGACCGUCCGGUUCCCCAACGUCUUCACGGUCGCUGUAGCUGUAGUGUUGCUGGUCUGCCAUGCUGCUGCUCUGGGCUUCUACCCCGUGUAUACUAUCGUCAGCUACCGUUUGGGGCCUGCCUCCCGUUUAAUUGUCAUACUCGAGCAGAUCCGGUUCCUAAUGAAAAGCCACGCGUUUCUGCGGGAAUCUGUGCCUCCCAUUCUCCAUGCCAGAUCACAGGAUGGAAAGGGACACGUGCCUAAAUUCUCAACUUACCUGUAUUUUCUCUUCUGUCCCACUUUGAUCUACAGGGAGAGCUACCCAAGAACACCUUAUGUGCGCUGGAGAUAUGUCAUCAAGAACUUUGCUGAGUUUCUUGGUUGCGUGUUUUAUAUGUACUUCAUCUUCGAGCGCCUCUGCAUCCCUGUCUUCACCAACACGAGCAAGCAGCCUUUCAGAACCCUGGUGCUCUCCAUCUUCAAUGCAACGUUACCAGGGAUCCUUUUGCUGCUCCUGUCCUUUUUUGCCUUCCAGCACUGCUGGCUAAAUGCCUUUGCUGAGAUACUGCGCUUUGCUGACCGCACCUUCUACAAGGACUGGUGGAAUUCCACAUCAUUCUCUACAUACUACCGGACGUGGAACGUGGUUGUGCAUGACUGGCUCUACUACUAUGUCUAUCAGGACCUCCUGUGGCUGCUUAGAGGAAAGGCCCGGGCUGUGGCAAUGCUGACUACCUUCAUCGUUUCGGCUGUCGUCCACGAAUACGCUAUCACCUUCUGCUUGGGCUUCUUCUACCCUGUUAUGUUCACCCUCUUUGCCGUCUUUGGAGCUUGCGUGGAAAUCCUGACUCCGUCUUCAGCCGAUCGGCAUGCCUUCUUAUCUCAGGGAUUUCCUGAUCAAUUCCAGCCGCCGACAGCUCAACGAAGUCUUGUGGAAAAUCUGAUCGGUUCUCCUAUACCUUGGAGAACAUUUAAGCCAGUCCAAGAUUCCUCUUGGCUGGCUUUUAACCUGAAAAAAGCUUCCUCUGAGGCAGAGCUCCCUCAGAGACAACCACCAGCCAGCACUCCUUCCGGGAAGUCCCUAUUUUCUUACCUUUUCAACAUCCUAGUAUAGUGCAAGAUUUAGGAAUGAAGACUGGGAGAAGGGCCAUUGCUCAGUGGAGGAGCAUCUGCUUUGCAUGCAGGAAGUCCCAGG